UCUCAGAGCGUGACAGCACUAGUGACCGAAACCAUGCCGAGCUCAUCCCCAGUGGCCAUGCCACGCCAUGGGAUCGGAAGCUCGCGCCGCGCGCGGCCCCAAGUUAACCCCGCUGCCUGGAAACGCGGGCAGGGUUCGUUACGAAAUAACGGCCAUGGCACUCCCACCGCUCCCCCGCCCGCGGAACGGGAGCCCCGGAAGAGCUCGUCGCCUAGGAGCUCGCUCCACCAAGGAACCGGUGCGCAGGCGCUCCACGCUCCUCUCCCCCUCCCCGUCGCGGCGAUGGCGUACCGCAGGAAGCAGGGCAUCCAGCGGUCGGCCACCUUCGUGGAGGACCACCGCCAGGCGUCGUCGGGCGGCUCAGCGUCGCCGGCCAUCGCGUCCCCGCGCGCCACCCGCUUCGCCGACGACAACCGCCGCCCCGACCGCUCCUCCGGCCUGGCCGCGCGGGUCAUGGUGGCCUCGUCCGCCCCGCGCGGGGACCUCACGCUGCUGGAUCCUGUCACCCAGCUCUACACAUCGACAACCAUGCUGAACGACGACGGGCCCAAGCACGGGCUCUGGUCGCUCGUGGCGCAGAAAGCCAAAGUCAUGCUCGACGAGAACGGCACGCCACGCGCUCAUUCCUCUGAAUCCCGCUGGUCCUACGACCGGGUCCGGAACUCGGACAGCAGCCCCACGUCGCGGAGAGGAGCGCCGGAAGGGAAGCUCGACAUCGGAGGGAAGAUCAAGAACGUCCUUGAGGAGGGCCUGACGGUGGCCGACACCACGACGCCCGGCAGCGGCGCCGCCGUCGUCGCCGGCCGGAAGCUGCAGAUCAGGAGGAAGGCGUGCAGCAUGGACUUCCGGCGCGCCAACCUGGUGACCAGCUCCGACUCAUCGUCGACGCUGUCCGAAAUGGACUCGCCUCAGAUCAAGGCCUCUCGCGACGUAGCGAACGCCAUGGCCGCCAAGGUGAAGCUGCUGCAGCGGGAGCUCAAGACGCUCAAGGCCGACCUGGCCUUCUCCAAGGAGCGGUGCGCGCAGCUGGAGGAGGAGAACCGGCAGCUCCGGGACGGCAACCACGACGCCGACGAGGACAUGAUACGGCAGCAGCUGGAGACGCUGCUCGCGGAGAAGGCGCGGCUGGCGAACGAGAACACGCUGUACGCCCGCGAGAACCGGUUCCUGCGGGAGAUCGUCGAGUACCACCAGCUCAACAUGCAGGACGUCGUCAACCUCGACGAGGACGACAUCGAGGAGGAAGACGAGGACGACGUCGACGACGAGAAGGAGGCCGAGCAGCAGUACCAAGGUCGCGGCUCGUCGUCCUUGCCGUCCCAGCUCGUGCAGGAGGAAGAGGAGCACCAGGCGGCCGGCCCGGGCACCGCCCCGGAGUCACCCUCCCGCCGCAGGGAGUCGCCGCGGAUGCCGGGCACCAACGGCGGCGGCACCACGGGCAGGGAGUCGCCGCGGAGGCUGAACACCAACAGCGGCGACGCGGUCGAUUACGACUCCCCUCGGACUCGGAGAGACGGUUGACGAAAGGCGGGCUGGUAGUGCAUGCCUGUAGAGGACACGUGUUGUCUCUGAUUUCUUAUUGUGAUUUUGCUUAAUGUAAUUCAUAAUUCACCUGAUCCGGGUGGAAAUAAAGAACUCUUGUUGAGCAUAACAUCAGCACAUAGUGAUCAAAUAUUCUUCUGCCAGAUGAGUGAAUUGCUGUGACUCUGCCCAGUGUUCUCAUUCUCCUCAA